AGGAAAGCAAACUGGACGUUUUUCAACGGCUUUUAGUUGUACAGGGUUCAGGAUGCAAAUGUGAAAAUCACCAGAGUGAUGGCAUUUAAAACUAUGGAAGAAAUGAAGAGACAGAGAACAGCAUCUCCAGAACCCAGCUGUGUGUCUAUGAAGAGCACAGACUCCAUGUAUCAACCUCCUAAAUUCAGCGAUGAAUCGGUGCCCUUUGACCCUGGGAAGCAGAUUAUCACUGCAUCUUCAGAACCCAGCUGUGUGUCUGUAAAGAGCACAGACUCCAUGUAUCAACCUCCUAAAUUCAGUGAUAGACCAGUGGCAUUUGAUUCCAGUGUGCUGAGAGGCGCUCAGUCCAAAUAUGGAUUAUCCAGUUUUGCUGAUUCUGCUGACCACUACAUGAUUUCAUAUCUUAAGGAGAGACACAAAACAAACAUGAAGAGCAAGUAUGAGUGCUUACUUGAGGGAAAUCAAAUUCAUACGAAUAAAACCUUCCUGAACCGGAUUUACACGCAGCUCUACAUCAUAGAGGGGGAGAGGGAAGGGGUGAAUGAAGAACAUGAGAUCUUACAGAUGGAGAAAAGUUACAAGACGCUCCAAGAAACUCCAAUCAACUGCAAUGACAUCUUCAAACCACUACAUGGAUAUGAGAAGCAGAGAAAAGACAAAAUCAAGACAGUUAUUACUAAAGGAAUCGCUGGAAUUGGAAAAACCGUCUCUGUACAGAAAUUCAUUCUGGACUGGGCUGAGGGAAAAGCCAAUCAGGAUGUAGAUUUCAUGUUUGUGCUUCCAUUUCGAGAGCUGAACUUGAUUAAAGAUGCUCAGUACAGUCUUCACAGACUUCUGCUGGACUUUUAUUCUGAACUUCAAGAUUUGGACUCAAAGAUUUAUGAGGAGUAUAAAGUUGUGUUUAUUUUUGAUGGUCUGGAUGAAAACAGAAUUACACUGAUGUUUUCAGAAAAUGAAAUGAUUUCUGAUGUGGGUGAAAUUUCAUCAGUGGGCGUGUUGAUGUCAAACCUCAUCAGAGGAGAGCUGCUUCCCGAUGCUCUCAUCUGGAUCACCUGCAGACCAGCAGCAGCCAGUCUGAUCCCCUCCAAAUACAUCAGCCGUGUGACAGAAAUUCAGGGAUUCGAUGAGUCUCAGAAGGAGGAAUAUUUCAGGAAGAGAAUCAGUGAUGAACAUCAAGCCAGCAGAAUGAUCUCACAUAUUAGAAGAUCAAGAGGCCUUCACAUCAUGUGUCACAUACCCAUCUUUUGCUGGAUCUCAUCUACUGUGCUUCAAAACAUCCUGAAAAAAGAUGAUCUUGGUGCGGAAAUCCCUCAAACUUUGACUGAGAUGUACAUCCAUUUCCUGCUCAUCCAAACAAAUGUGAAGACCCAGAAGUAUGAUGAGACCGAUCAGAGAGAUCCUGAGAAACUCCUACAGUCCAACAGCAAACUGAUUGUGAAACUUGCUGAACUGGCUUUCAAGCAGCUGAUGAAGGGCAAUGUGAUGUUCUCUGAGGAGGACCUGAGAGAGAGUGGCAUGGAUGCCACUGAUGCCACAUUGUAUUCUGGGAUUUGCACUGAGAUCUUUAGAGAGGAAUCUGUGAUUUAUCAAAGAAAAAUCUAUUGUUUCAUACAUUUGAGCUUUCAGGAGUUUCUUGCUGCAUUUUAUGCUUUUUACAUCUUUGUACAUGACACUUCAAAUGCUCUGAAAGUAUUUAAUUUGCUCCCAAAUUUCCAUAAAGGAGUGAUAGAUGCAGCUCUUCAGAGUGAGAAUGGACACCUGGAUCUUUUUCUGCGGUUCCUGCUGGGAAUCUCACUGGAGUCCAAUCAGAGACUCUUACAGGGUCUGCUGAAACACACGGAGAAGAGCUCUGAGAGCAUCAGGACAAUCACAGCUUACAUUAAAGACAAAAUCAAACAUGAACACGGUCUCUCAGCUGAUAGAUGCAUCAAUCUUCUUCUCUGUCUGCUGGAGAUGAAUGAUCAGACUCUGUACAGAGAAAUUUUGGAGUUUCUGAAAUCAAACAAGGACUUAGAGAAACUCUCUCCUGCUCACUGCUCAGCGAUCGCCUACAUUCUCCGCAUUUCAGGCGAGGUCAUGGAGGAGCUGGACCUCAAGAAAUACAACACAUCAGAUGAGGGCAGAAGGAGACUGGUACCGGCUGUGAUAAACUGCAGAAAAGCACUUCUUGCCGGCUGUAAUCUUACAGAUCAGUGCUGUGAAAUUGUGGCAUUAGCUCUGCAAUCAACAGAUUCGCCACUGGUAGAGCUGGACUUGAGUAACAAUGACCUGCAGGACGAUGGUGUAAAGGUUAUCUGUGCUGGACUUAAAAGUCCAAACUGUCGGCUGGAGAUACUGAGAUUAUCAGGCUGUAUGGUGACAGAGGAAGGCUGUAGUUAUCUGGCUUCAGCUAUCACUUCAAAUUCUUCACACCUGAGAGAGCUGGAUCUGAGCUACAAUCACCCAGGAGAAGCAGGGGUCCAGAUGUUUUCUGCUCUGCUGGAGAAUCCAGACUGCAAACUGAAGAAACUCAAUUCAGACCAUUGUGGAGAUUUCAGGAUCACAACAGGACUACGAAAAUAUGCCUGUGAUCUCACGCUGGAUCCAAACACAGCAAACAUUCAUCUUGCUCUCUCUGAGGGAAACAAAAAGGCUAUAUGUGUGGCAGAUGGCCAGCCAUAUGCAGAUCAUCCAGACAGAUUUGAGCACCAGGAGCAGGUCCUGUGUAGAGAAGCCCUGCCUGAACGAUGUUACUGGGAGUUUGAAUGGAGUCAGGGGGCUUAUGUUGCAGUGACAUAUGAAGGAAUCAGAAGGAAAGGAGGGAGCGACUGUAAAUUUGGGUGGAAUGAAAAGUCCUGGAGUCUUUUCUGUACUCCUGACAGAUAUAGUGCCUGGCAUGAAAACAGGAAUAGAGACAUACAUGACCCCUCUAACAGAGUAGGGGUGUAUCUGGACAGGCCGGCAGGCAUUCUCUCCUUCUAUAGUGUCUCUGACACACACACGCUCACCAUACACACGUUCAACACCACGUUUACUGAACCGCUCUAUGCUGGGUUUGCAGUUUAUGGUUCAGUGCUUCUAAUUGAGAAUAAAAACGUGAAAAUCAGCAGAGUGGUAACAUUUUACACUAUGGAAGGAAAGAAGAGACGGAGAACAGCAUCUCCAGAACCCAGCUGUGUGUCUAUGAACAGCACAGACUCCAUGUAUCAACCUCCUGAAUUCAGUGAUGAAUCGGUGCCCCCUAGGAAGCGGAUUAACACAAGAUCUCCAGAACCCAGCUGUGUGUCUAUGAACAGCACAGACUCCAUGUAUCAACCUCCUGAAUUCAAUGAAAGACCAGUGGCCUCUGAUCCCGGUGUGGAGAGAUCCGGUAUUGCUGAUUCUGCUCCCCACUACAUUUCAUCUGUUGAUGCACUUAAGGAAAAACACAAAACAAACAUGAAGAACAAGUAUGAGAGCUUAUUUGAGGGAAAUCCAUUACAAGAGAAUAAAACCCUCCUGAACCGCAUUUACACGCAGCUCUACAUCAUAGAGGGGGAGAGGGAAGGGGUGAAUGAAGAACAUGAGAUCUUACAGAUGGAGAAAAGUUACAAGACACUCCAGGAGACUCCAAUCAAUUGCAAUGAUAUUUUCAAACCCUUGCCAGGAUGUGAGAAGCAGAGAGAAGAUUUAACUAAGACAGUUCUUACUAAAGGAAUUGCUGGAAUUGGAAAAACUGUCUCUGUGCAGAAGUUCAUUUUGGACUGGGCUGAGGGAAAAGCCAAUCAGGAUGUAGAAUUUGUGUUUGUGCUUUCAUUUCGAGAGCUGAACUUGAUUAAAGAUGCUCAGUACAGUCUUCACAGACUUCUGCUGGAAUUUCAUCCUGAACUUCAAGAUCUGGAUUUAGAAAUUUAUGAGGAGUGUAAAAUUGUGUUCAUCUUUGAUGGUCUCGAUGAAAGCAGAAUUACACUGACGUUUUCAGAAAAAGAGAGUGUUUCUGAUGUGAAUGAGUCUUCAUCAGUGGGUGUGCUGAUGUCAAACCUCAUCAGAGGAGAGCUGCUACCCAAUGUUCUCAUCUGGAUCACCUCCAGACCGGCAGCAGCCAGUCUGAUCCCCUCCAAAUACAUCAACCGUGUGACAGAAAUUCAGGGAUUCAGUGAUCCCCAGAAGAAGGAAUAUUUCAGAAAGAGAAUCAGUGAUGAACAUCAGGCCAGCAGAAUCAUCUCACACAUUAGAAAAUUAAGAAGCCUCCACAUCAUGUGUCACAUCCCCGUCUUCUGCUGGAUCUCAGCCACUGUGCUUCAAAACAUCCUGAAACAAAAUGAUGCAGAAAUACCUAAAACUCUGACUGAAAUGUACAUCCACUUCCUGCUCACUCAGAUGAAGAUGAGAAAUCAGAAGUAUGAUGAGACUGAUCAGAGAGAUCCAGAGGAACUCCUGCAGUCCAACAGAAAAGUGAUUAUGAAACUUGCUGAACUGGCUUUUAAACAGCUGAUAAAAGGCAAUGUGAUGUUCUAUGAGGAGGACCUGAGAGAGAGCGGCAUAGAUGUCAGUGACAUCACAGUGUAUUCUGGGAUUUGCACUGAGAUCUUUAAGGAGGAAUCUGUGAUUUAUCAAAAGAAAAUCUACUGCUUUGUACAUCUGAGUUUUCAGGAGUUUCUUGCCGCAUUUUAUGCCUUUUACUGCUUUCUAAAUCGUAAUUAUGAGUUUCUGAAUCUUUUUAAUUUGCUUCCAAAUUUUCAUAAAGGAGUGAUAGAUGCAGCUCUUCAGAGUGAGAAUGGACACCUGGAUCUUUUUCUGCGGUUCCUGCUGGGAAUCUCACUGGAGUCCAAUCAGAGACUCUUACAGGGUCUGCUGAAAUAUUCGGAGAAGAGCUCUGAGAGCAUCGAAACAAUCGCAGCUUACAUUAAAGACAAAAUCAAACAUGAACAUGGUCUCUCAGCUGACAGAUCCAUCAAUCUUUUCCUCUGUCUGCUGGAGAUGAAAGAUGAGACACUGUUGAGAGAGAUUGUGCAGUUUCUGAAAUCAGAUAAAGACUUGCAGAAUAAACUCUCUCCGUCUCACUGCUCAGCAAUUGCCUACAUGAUCCAGAUUUCAGACGAGGCGCUGGAGGAGCUGGACCUCAAGAAAUACAAUGCAUCUAGUGAGGGCAGAACAAGACUGUUACCAGCUGUGAUGAACUGCAGAAAAGCUCUUUUGACCAGCUGUAACCUCACAGAUCAGGGCAAUCAAAUUGUGAUAUCAGCUCUACAAUCAUCAGAUUCGCCCCUGGUAGAGCUGGACUUGAGUAACAAUGACCUAAAGGAUGCUGGUGUGAAGCUCCUCUGUGCUGGACUACAGAAUCCAAACUGUCGGCUGGAGAUACUGAGGUUAUCUGGCUGUAUGGUGACAAAGGAAGGCUGUAGUUAUCUGUCUUCAGCUCUCAGUUCAAACCCUUCACACCUGAGAGAACUGGAUCUGAGCUACAAUCACCCAGGAGAAGCAGGAGUCAAGAUGUUUUCUGCUUUGCUAGAGAAUCCAGACUGCAAACUGGAGAAACUUAAUUCAGACAAUUGUGGGGAAUUCAGGAUCACAGAAGGACUAAGAAAAUAUGCCUGUGAUCUUGUGCUAGAUCGAAACACAGCAAAUACUCAUCUUGCUCUGUCUCAGGGCGACAGAAAAGCGACACGUGUGGAAGACGAGCAGCCAUAUCCUGAUCAUCCAGACAGAUUUGUGCACCAGGAGCAGGUUUUGUGUACAGAAGCUUUAUCUGAACGCUGUUACUGGGAGGUUGAAUGUACUGAGGGGGCUUAUGUUGCAGUGACAUAUAAAGGAAAGAAAGGAGGGAUGGACUGUAGAUUUGGGUGGAAUGAUAAGUCCUGGAGUCUUUUCUGUACUGCUGAGAGAUACAGUGCCUGGCACAAUAACAAGAACAUAGACAUACAUGUCCAAACAAAAUGCCCUAACAAAGUAGGUGUGUACCUGGACCAGCCAGCCGGCACUUUGUCCUUCUACAGUGUCUCUGACACACUCACACGCAUACACACAUUCAACACUACAUUCAGCGAACCGCUCUACGCUGGGUUUGCAGUUUAUGGUUCAGUGUUUCUCCUGUCUCCUGUUAUUAGCAAACAAUAACCUCUUGUUAUUAACAAAAAAGUACAUCACACACAGCAGUUUUUUUCACACACAGUUAUUUGCUAAGUGUAAGUGUACGGUGCUUUCCCUUAUGUUAAUGCUUAGGCUAUGUACGUUGCACGCAUCUGCGGCGCGUAACGGCUCCGACACGGUCACCGGAGCUGAUGUGUGCUGAUGUGAUGUAUAUACCAGCAGCGUCGCACACGUUUCUGAAGCGGCUCUCCGCGCUGCUUCUGUAAAGAUACACGCAUAUGCCUCUUUUGAAUAAAUUAAAGCCCAAAUCCAUCCAAAUCCCACCAUAAUCCAUUGCCAUGACUUAUAUUUGACAGUUUAAGCGCAAUAAGACAGGAAUUUAGUUUAGUUGAUAUGGUUUGAUACGGCUUUAAAACGCAUGACUUCAGUGCGAUAGACAUGAUAAUCAAAUCCAAACAGAUGUUAACCAAACUGAUGAUAUUCACAGCAUUAAAUUACUUAGCAUAGGCUG